AUGGCUGCCCUGCGCUGUCGUUCCGCCGUUUCUCGCGGCGUGUGUGCAUCCGCGUCGCUCUUCGAUUCACAGCUUUCGCAGCGCAUCGUGAGCAUUCUCGGUUCCUCGUCCGAUCUUCCGCUCUCCGUCUCCUCGCCUCAUUCCGAGCCGCUGCGUGUGACUGGUCCUGCUGCUGGGCUUUCGCGCUUCCAUUCUUCUUCAUUUGUCGGCGCAGAUCCCAACGCAGGCUCAACCCCCUCGUCGCCAGCCGUCGCAGGCGACGUCGCACAGUCACCACUUCUGCCGCGUCUGCGAUCAUGGUUCGCAGCGCCCGACCUCACUCCGCCGCCCUUCGUGGGGCCUACGGGCGGAUCUGAGGCGGGGAGCGGAGCAGACGGGGAGGCCCGGGGGGACGCGCAAGGGCGAGGGGAAGCGCGGAUGCACGGAGAGGGCGCGCGAGGCUAUGGGGAUCAGCGGGUGUACGGGCGGGACCCGCGGGGGUUUGGGCGGAACUUCCGCCCGCGCCCGCCUGUGGCGCGGCCGAAGCUGGAUCUUCUGGAUAAGUACGUGCACCCAUCACUACUGUCAGCAGAGGAGCGGCGGGAGGAGGAGCUGCAGGGAGUGAAGGAGCGGUUCAGAGUGCACGAGGGGGACACAGGGUCCAGUGAAGUGCAGAUUGCUCUCCUCACCUCGCGCAUUGCCUACAUGGCCCAGCACCUCCAAACACACAAGAAG